CGGCCAGCCAAUCAUCUGCCGGCUGCGCAGUUCCACGGAGAAAUGAUAACUGCCCACUGCUGAACACAACCGCAUCUUCGCUGGACAUUUGGGUACCAAAGAGGAAACAGGUCGCCGUGUGACCGGGGCACAAACCAGCGGGAGCAGCCAUGAGGGAAAUCGUACAUAUUCAGGCUGGUCAGUGUGGAAACCAGAUAGGUGCCAAGUUCUGGGAAGUGAUCAGUGAUGAACACGGCAUCGACCCCACGGGCAGUUACCACGGAGACAGCGACCUGCAGCUGGAGAGAAUAAACGUAUACUACAAUGAAGCAAUCGGCAACAAAUUUGUCCCGCGUGCCAUCCUCGUGGACCUGGAACCCGGGACGAUGGACUCGGUCAGAUCCGGUCCAUUUGGUCACAUUUUCCGACCAGAUAACUUCGUGUUCGGACAGAGUGGAGCAGGUAAUAACUGGGCUAAAGGUCACUACACAGAAGGGGCGGAGCUUGUGGACUCAGUGCUGGAUGUGGUGAGGAAGGAGGCAGAGAGUUGUGACUGUCUGCAGGGUUUCCAGCUCACACACUCCCUGGGUGGGGGUACUGGCUCGGGUAUGGGUACCCUGCUGAUCAGCAAGAUCCGUGAAGAGUACCCCGACCGCAUCAUGAACACCUUCAGCGUCAUGCCCUCGCCCAAAGUGUCAGACACAGUGGUGGAGCCCUAUAACGCGACGCUCUCUGUGCACCAACUGGUGGAGAACACAGACGAGACAUACAGCAUCGACAAUGAGGCGCUCUACGACAUCUGCUUCCGCACGCUCAAGCUGACCACGCCCACCUACGGGGACCUUAACCACCUGGUGUCAGCCACCAUGAGCGGCGUUACCACCUGCCUGCGAUUCCCAGGACAGCUGAAUGCUGACCUCCGAAAGCUGGCUGUCAACAUGGUGCCCUUCCCCCGUCUGCAUUUCUUCAUGCCGGGCUUCUCACCUCUGACCAGCAGGGGGAGCCAGCAGUACCGUGCCCUCACCGUGCCGGAGCUCACGCAACAGAUGUUUGAUGCCAAGAACAUGAUGGCGGCCUGUGACCCACGUCAUGGCCGCUACCUCACCGUGGCAGCAAUAUUCCGUGGUCGUAUGUCCAUGAAGGAGGUGGACGAGCAGAUGUUGAAUGUCCAGAACAAGAACAGUAGCUACUUCGUGGAGUGGAUCCCCAACAACGUGAAGACCGCCGUCUGUGACAUCCCACCUCGUGGCCUCAAGAUGUCUGCCACCUUCAUUGGCAAUAGCACGGCCAUCCAGGAGCUCUUCAGGAGGAUCUCCGAGCAGUUCACCGCCAUGUUCCGCCGCAAGGCCUUCUUGCACUGGUACACCGGUGAGGGUAUGGAUGAGAUGGAGUUCACCGAGGCCGAGAGUAAUAUGAAUGACCUGGUUUCUGAAUACCAGCAGUACCAGGACGCCACGGCAGAUGAGCAGGGCGAGUUUGAGGAAGAUGAGCUCGACGAUGAGGCGUGACAUCACAGCUGGCCGUGCCCAUUUGACAGCACACAGAUUCAUAGCCUUUAAAACAAUCAACCUAAUGUGCUAAGAGGAACAAUUUUGCUUAUUCAGAAUUUUGGCCUGUUUGUGGAAAGAAGAGUCCAUGGGCCGCCAUCAAAAACUCCAUGCAAUCAAUGUCUAGCAUUCCUGCCGCUUUCACCUCAAUAUUUUAGCGAAGCGCUUGUGUCAGUUGUACAGAAGUACAGCUUUGGCUUACUGGCCCGUUUUUCAUAAAUCGUGCCAUUUUUAGACACUAUGCCUCAGUCCAGUACUGAAAUCUGUUAAGACAAUUUCCUGUGUGGUACUAGAGGUUGCAAAAGAAGUUUCUGACAAUUAGACUGUUAGCAAUAACAUGGGAAACCAUCUCAUGCUAUACAUAUGCGGUUGCACUAAUGAAAUAAAUAUUGGCAUUAAU